GCUGAAUUUGUGUCUUGUUAGUGCCCCUUCCCUCACCACAAAACCUAAUGGAGGUGGAGGUGCCAGUUGUGGGAAACAGACAGUGUAACUGUGAAAAUGGAGUGGGCAGUAUCACAGACAACAUGAUGUGUGCUGGGUUAAAUGCUGGAGGGAAGGACUCCUGUCAGGGUGAUUCUGGUGGUCCACUGGUGAGUAAGCAGAGCAGUCGCUGGAUCCUGGCUGGAGUUGUGAGUUGGGGAUACGGUUGUGCUGAUCCUAAUUUACCAGGAGUCUACACCAGAGUGUCCCAGUAUGAAAACUGGAUCAACAGCCAGAUCACAGGCGACCGGCCAGGCUACGUCACCUUCAAGUCCAAUGGAACUGACGGUGACCUCAGCGUCACCUGUCCGAACCUGCCGCCACCUCUGACCACACCCCCUUCAACAACCGAACGUGAGUUCCUG